AUGAGAGAGCAAGGGGUACUCAUAUUGAAAUAUCAGAACUUCCAUAGUGUGAAGGUUGUCGAGAGAGCGAAUACUGCUUUGCGAGGAUCUCCUCAGACUCAGAGUAUUGCUGAAAUAACGAUAGAAAGCAUUAAUUUGAAAGUGCCACAUCUCACACCCAACGAUGACAUAAAGUUGCAGCUGUUGACACGUAUCAAAGCAGAUGAGCCUAUGAUGAUACCGUUUCGCCGAUGGGAAUUGCACGAGCUACCAGCACUCACACAAGGAUCUACCAUAGAAAUCUGGUCCGUCAAGACAUGUUCUGCAUUGGACAGUCCAAGAUAUGUUAUAGUAUUUUUCCAAACGAAAAAAGCCGAUAAUUUGCAUGAAGACGUCACCUUGUUCGAUAAUGCCAACAUCAAAUCCAUACGAUUGGCUCUGAAUAGCGACUAUUAUCCGCAAGAACGAAUGCUAUUGGACUUUUCCCGAGACCAAUAUGCUGACGCUCACUUCAACUAUACAGAGUUCAACAAGAGCUACCAUAACUGUCAAGAAAAGCGCUCUCUAGUAAACUUUGCCGAAUUCAAAUCCCGACCAAUUGUGAAGGUUGUCGAGAGAGCGAAUACUGCUUUGCGAGGAUCUCCUCAGACUCAGAGUAUUGCUGAAAUAACGAUAGAAAGCAUUAAUUUGAAAGUGCCACAUCUCACACCCAACGAUGACAUAAAGUUGCAGCUGUUGACACGUAUCAAAGCAGAUGAGCCUAUGAUGAUACCGUUUCGCCGAUGGGAAUUGCACGAGCUACCAGCACUCACACAAGGAUCUAACAUAGAAAUCUGGUCCGUCAAGACAUGUUCUGCAUUGGACAGUCCAAGAUAUGUUAUAGUAUUUUUCCAAACGAAAAAAGCCGAUAAUUUGCAUGAAGACGUCACCUUGUUCGAUAAUGCCAACAUCAAAUCCAUACGAUUGGCUCUGAAUAGCGACUAUUAUCCGCAAGAACGAAUGCUAUUGGACUUUUCCCGAGACCAAUAUGCUGACGCUCACUUCAACUAUACAGAGUUCAACAAGAGCUACCAUAACUGUCAAGAAAAGCGCUCUCUAGUAAACGUUGCCGAAUUCAAAUCCCGACCAAUGUUUGUUAUCGAUUGCUCGAGGCGCUAUCUGGGUCUAAAGUCGUCCACAGUUGACAUAAAAAAGCCUCACAUCGACGAAUCCAUACAGAAGGUCGAAUGGAGAACAUACUACCCUUACGUCAAGUCCUUUCGCAAUAACGAUGUCAUAGAAAUCAACAUCAAUCAGUCUGAUGCUUUUGAUGCUCUCUAUGAAAGUAUUUUGCACAUCAGCGGAAAAGUUACAAGAACUGAAGGUGUUGGACGUGUAGGUUUCGUCAAUAAUGCUGGUGCCUAUAUGUUUCAAUCCAUCAGUUAUGAUCAGAAUGGAAAGGAAUUGGAAUCGCAUGCAGCAAGUUUAGCAUUCAGCAUGUUUAUUCCACUGAAGCAUCUGCUGAAUAUUUUCAACGAUUAUGAGUGCGUCUCCUAUGGUAAACAUUCUAUUCGUUUGGUGCGAGCUGGAAACGAUAAUAACUGCUUCAAGAUCACCGAAACUGCUGCCGGCGGAGCUAUUGUGCCCACAAAAGUACAACUGGACAUUGAAAACGUGUAA